ACAACUUAUGACGUGGAUGUCUGUUGAGGCAACUUGCUCUAAAAAAGAAAGCUGUUUUGUUUUCAAAUUAGUCAUUCACGAAACUGUAGUCAUGCCAACACAUCGUGAAAGCAAACCUACCAAAAACUGAAGCGUCUGUCGCUGGAACGUGCACACUUCUGAAAGCCUUUCGAAUCAGCAGAGCUACUCAGAAAACUGCAGCAACUGAAAAGUAGCAUCGUGUGCCUGCCUGUGUCUGUGUUUUCCCAGGCACAGGUCGGUUUUCGUACCAGGCUGCACAUUAAUUUCAGCAGAUAAACAACUUCCACUGAUCUCAGCUUCUUUCCUUCAGGGCUGAAAUUUUCUCCUCAGAGGUACAGUACAAAGGUCAAACCCAGAGACCCAAUUCACUGGAAGGAUGGAAUCUUCCAGUAAAACCCACCAUCACCCGGUGAUUACAGCAGGUUUGUCUGUGGGUGAGGAACUGGCCCUGGACCCGCUGGUGACAUGCAAGCUCUGCCUUUGUGAAUACCCUCUUGAUGGAAUGACCACUCUGGAGCAAUGCAACUGUUUCUUCUGCACCAUGUGCUUAGUGCGUUACGUAGAACUAAUGAUCAGAGAAGGUUGUGGAUCUCCUAUCACAUGCCCAGAGCUUGGAUGUCCUAAAAAUGGAGUCUUGCAGGAUGCAGAGAUUGCAUGUUUGGUUCCAGCUGAUGUGCUUCAGUUAUACCAGCAACUGAAAUUUGAACGAGAAGUCCAUCUGGAUCCCUCCAGGACAUGGUGCCCCAGGGUCCAGUGUCAGGCUGUCUGCCAGAUCAACGUAGCUGAUUCACACCAGGCUGUGUCAGUGCAAUGUCCCUCCUGUCAGACACAGUUUUGCUCCAUUUGCAAGGCCAGUUGGCAUCCAGGGCGGGUGUGCCAAGAAACCCAGCCCUUUAUGCCCUCAAAAGCAAAUGAUACUAGUGUUUCCACCAGCUUUGACCCUGAUGCUCCCGUCAAACAGUGUCCAGUGUGCCAUAUCUUCAUAGAACGAAAUGAAGGUUGUGCCCAAAUGAUGUGUAAAAACUGCAAGCACACCUUUUGCUGGUAUUGUCUUCAUAAUCUGGAUAAUGACAUUUUCUUGAGACAUUAUGACAAAGGCCCAUGUCGCAAUAAACUUGGCCACUCUAGAGCUUCAGUUAUUUGGAACAGAACCCAGGUUGUCGGGAUCCUCUUUGGAUUAGGCCUGAUUGUGCUAGUCACAUCUCCGCUCCUUCUCCUGGCCUCCCCCUGCAUCAUUUGCUGUGCCUGUAAGUCCUGUAGGAGUAAGAGGAAACACCAUGGCCCAUCAUCUACAUAAACUGAGGAAAUCCCUGAACUAAUGUUUUUCUGGUGCCAAGACUUUUUCACUCCACCUCUGUCAUCUUCAUAGUGAAGUGCCUACUGGAUCAUUGCUGUGAAAACAUAUAUAAUAUAGACAAUCGGGGGAAGGGAAAUUGGUAGUAACUUCGACUUAUGAUAUAUUACUGUAGUGACUGAAAGAAACAGGUCACACUAAAGUGCAAUUGGUGAAUAUGACAUUGCUCAACUGUCUUUACAAUGCAAGCUGCUGCAGCCUAAGUUUCUCAAUAAGAAUGACUGUAUGGUUUCAGCUGAUUAUUCUACCCAACCUACACAUUUCUCUCUUUGCCUGCUUUCUCCUAACAGACUCAUUUUACUUUAGUGUAUUUGUUAUUAUAUGUUUCAACCACCAUGGUACAGGAUAAGAUUCUCAAUUACACUAUUUUCCACCACUUGGUCAAGGCCGUGUUUGACAACCAUAAAAAUGCUUCACCUAGUAACAUAUAUGAGGAAAACCAUUGGAAUUCGCAAGAAAGGGUCGAUAUAAGACUUAAACUCAAACUCAGAGCUAUCUAAACCCUUUCAAUGAGAAACUGCAUUACUAUACCACUGGAUCAUUAUUCUGAUAUUUGGACUAUGGUGGUUGUAUUGUUUCAUUUGUAGGUCACUGGAUUUCCCCUUUUCACACUAAUUUAUUUGUUAUUUCAAGUUGCAACUUACGUGCAGAAGCACCAAAUGUGUAAUUGGUGACAAAUCUUAUGAAACUUAUUUCCCCAUCAUAAAGGCUGCAAAAAUCGAAUCUCAAGAAACUGAUCAUGACAGCAUCCUUCCUUUUAGAGCUUUAGGGAGUUGAAGUAGUAGCCAGACAAUUGCUUUCAAAGGACUGAAUUUUUUACAGUCUGUUGGAAGCAAGUCAAGUCAGAACCAGGAGUGAAGUUACAAAACAAAGCAUCAGGUUGGCUCUUUAAUGGCAGGGUCUAUUUGGCAUAGGUUAUGGGCCCAGGACCAACUGGUAACAACUAAGUCAAUGACUGAGCCAAUUAGGGGAAUUCUGAUGGUGAUAUUGCUAUCUACCCUAUGGUGGAUGGGCUUCUCUUGUGAAACCAGAGCUUGACUGACAACUAGAGAUGGCCUCUCAAUAGCAGGCUGGUGUAACCAUGGGUGCUUUCCACUUUGAUCACCUCAACAUAGACUCACUGGGAUACCUCAUGCCAUCUAUGGAGAAACUCCCUUUCUAUAAUGGUGGAUUAACAGCUGUGGUUGUGCAUGAUUUUUAAUUAUUUUCAUUGCUAUACAGAGCCUGCCCAUAUCGAUACAAAGAUAGUAGGAACUGCCAAUGCUGGAGAAUCUGAGAUAACACAGUAUGAAGCUGGAUGAACACAGCAGGCCACGCAACAUCAAAGGAGCAGGAAAGCUGGCAUUUUCUGAAGAAGGGUCUCGACCUGAAACAUCAACUUUCCUGCUCCUGUGAUGCUGCUUGGCCUGCUGUGUUCAUCCAACUUCACACUGUGUUAUCCCUGUCCAUGUUGAGAUGCCCCGCAUUCUCUAAUGACUUCAGCCCGUCUUUCCCAGUGGAACUUCUGGCUGGACAUUACUGCUGGCUCCCUUGUUUGUAUUUUGACUUCCAUUGUCUGCCUGCCAUCCUUAGUUGGACAGGACAUCUUGGUUGCCCAUGGAAGAUGCCGGCCAACAUCUUGACACCACUAUCUCCAGGUUCUGGAACAAAUUUGAAAAUGACAUCAACAUCAUGACCCAACCAGAAACAUAAAUAGUCCCAAGUGCUUGGAUACUUGACCUAAUGUCUCAUUUGGUUCAGUGUCUCAUUCUUGCCUGAUUAUACUCCUAUUAAGUGCUAUUGACAUUUUUUGCUGUUUAAAAAACACUAUAUAAAUAAAAUUUUUUGCUUUUAUUGCAUCUGAUUAGAAGAGGUCCACUUUCUUACCCUCAUAUCAUAACCAAUGCUGUCAUAACUGAUUAACAUAACUAAUCUUUUCUGCAACUUGUGUUGCCUUGACACCUUUCUAAAAGAACAUGCCCAACUUAGAUACAGAAUCUGAACUGUCUUCUACCCAAUCGUGUAUUUAUUUGGAUUUUCAGCUUGUAACUGCAUAUCAGAGAGCAUAAUUUGACUCCAUAUAGGAAGGUAUAAGCUUCCACCUGUACUAUUCCUGCAGGUAUAAGGAUAUUUCUUAGUCUGUCCUUUAUAUUAAUCUAUUUGUAACACCAGAUUCUUGAGAAUAACAGAGACAGUGAGGAGAAACAAAUGAAAGUAAGUUGUGAAUAUUAUGGGAAUUUUAAUAUAGCAUAAAUUCGUCAGUUAAAAAAUAUUCCAGUUCUAAUGUAACUUAAGCAACAAUACUGUCCCAUUCAGUAAACUUUCUAAAUUAGAUUACCCAGAGAUAUUCCGAGACAAAGCGAUGUAUAUACCAGCCACCUUUUGGUGACAGAGUUGAAAAAUACAGCAACAUGGUGAGCUGUGGCAACUCAUAAUUUGGUCAAUUUUCUUGAGAGGAAAUAAUCCCAAUUUAAAAUUAUUUGGCUAGACCUGAGUCUGCUCAUGUUUUUCCUUUUACAGUGGAAUAUCUUAUUGGUGGCAUUUGUGCUAAAGUUCACUUUUCCAGAAAAUUUAUUGCGAUCAGUCAUAGGAAAGAAGGAAUGCAUAAGAAACGUUCUAAACAUCAAUUUUGUGAGGAUAAUGGUUCCUCUUGAUGAAUGUAGGAGUUAUUUUUGCAUUAUUAACAGUUACGAGCCACUUUUAUUGUAUUGUUACGUGUGUGUUUUAAAAAGUAACAGCAAAAAUCUGAUGGUGAUUGGAAAAAUAUGAUCAAAUGAACAUUUGCUAAAGUUGUAGAUUAUAAGAAAUUGUAUUCCCAGUGCAAAGAUUUAUCUUGUGGGAGAGUAUAUGAGGAAGUUGAGGCAGUCAUUUGGCUGUGCAGGAUUAAUAGAUUAUUAUCUCCAUCAGUAGUCAAAAGUUGUCAGAAACACACCUGUAAAAUUAUCACUAAAUAUUUAGUUGUGAUAUUGCAAGUACUGUACAAUAAUUGCAUCAAAGAGUCUGUUUUGUAACAUAUAUAUUCCAGGACAUUUUCCUUUUGGCAUACCCUACUUUUGAUGUAGUGCAUACAUAAUCUUCCCUCUGAAAUUGCCUUCCCCAUUGAUUGUAUGGGAUAGUGUGAUUGUGUCGCUAUUUGAGAGAUAAUGACCAUAGAGCCUCAGAUUAUCAUCACUAGUGAAACCCUAUCACUCUUAAGUAAAUUAUCUUCUCACAUCCCUUCAGAUCAUAAUGAACUCAUGACCUCCCGAUUCAGACAAGAGGGGAAACAUUGAACUACAAUGAUGCUAAAUAUUCCAACGGAGUAGGCCAAACCAAGGAAGAUUGUGAUUUUGGGUCUGAGUCAUUUUGCCAAAUAAGUGAUAGCUUUCUGUGCCAAAAAGCCUAGAAAACACUUUGAAAAGUACUUGUAAAUGAAGAGAUAUUCUAUAAAUGUUCUAGCGACCAGGUCUAAGAUUUCCCAGUUUUUUUUCCCAGCAAGCAUGGAAUGACCACUGUGAUCAGACUUUGCAUGUACUCUUGCUGGCAGAUCAGUUUUUCUUUCUUACUGAGUUAUUGUCCUAUGAUGGGAGGCUGUCCUCCAUUGAAGCUGUUGAGAAGGAAUGCAAGAUUGAUGGGCAGCACUCUCAACUUGAAAAGCCACAGGGAGUAACCUGAAGAGGCUACACAAACUGUCUACAUGUAGGCCAUCUCCUGAUCAUUUUUAUCACUGAAAGCAUUAAAACAGAGGCUGGAGGAAUGUGUGUAAGUGUAGAGAGUGCCCUGUCAUUAGAUCAUGGAUGAUUUACUUUGCCUUUAAAAUGUUGUGUUGUCAGCAAACAGCAGUGUAGGUGUACCUGAGCUUUCAGUGAACUUUCUUUUAAGUACUCACAUGGUAUCUCACGCAUUUAUAAACAAAGGAAGUCAAAUCUUGGGAUUUGUCCUGACAUUUGCAGAUAAUGUUGUUUUAUUUGGACUUGUGAAAAUGCGGAUUAUUUUUGCGUCAUUUGCUGAGCUGCCUUGUUGCUCUUCUGCAACUUUUAUGUUAUAUUUAAUCUUGCGUAUCAAAUAUUUUUGUUGUCAAAGUGUUAAUGUUAGUGUACUUGUAUCAUAUUUAGAAAUAUUUCUGAAUACAGAGACAUGCUGUUGAAAUUGUUCCAUUUUGCACUCAUCAGGACAAAAUCACAAGUAAACUAAAUCUCUCCGAACAACAUACUGUAGGAGAAGAGGGUACUGAUCAGUUGGCAGGUGGACUCUGAUUGAUAGAGGCAUUGCCAUGGAGAAUGCACCAAGGAACAGUUAACUGCCACAAUUUUACUUACAUUCAGACCAAGCAAGUCAACACUCAUUUGGCUAAAUCAUUCCCUAGGGGAAUGCAUCAGAGAAUGGUUAUUUGCACUAACUUUUGUUGAAGUAAAAAGACCCAAUGUAAGGCCAUGUCCUUUCUGUUAUAGGAAUUAUACUGUCAAGCUGGAGAGGGUUCAGAAGAGAUUUACCAGGAUGUUACUGGGUAUGGAAGGUUUGAGUUAUGAAGAAAGGCUGGAUAGGCAGAGACUUUUUUUCAUUGGAGCAUAGGAGGUUGAGAGUCGACCUGACAAGUUUAUAAAAUAAUGAUAGAUAUAGAUAAAGUUAAUGGUAGUUGUCUUUUCUGUAAAAUGGGAAAUUUCAAGACGAGGGUGUUCGUUAAGGUGAGAGGAGAGAGAUUUAAAAUAGACAUGAGGCAAAUUUUCUACACAUAGGUCAUUCCACAUGUGAACUACCCUUCAUGCCGAAGUGGUGGAUGUGGGUUCAAUUACAACAUUUUAAAAGACAUUUGGAUGGAUGCAUGACUAGCAAAGGUUGGAUGGAUAUGCGCCAGGAGCUGGUAGGUUGGACUACUUUAGUCUGGGAUUAUGUUCAGCAUGGACUAGUUGGACAGAAGAGUCUGAUUCGAUGCUGUAUGACAAAGUGCUAUGUGUGAAUGCUAGAAGUUACACACAAACACAAGUGAGUUGUUAAUUCACUUCUUAGCAUAAUUGGGAUUGUUUAGCAGGUGUUGCAUAUUUGGGGAAAUCCUGUCCAAUGUAGGAUAUUAUGUUCUGAGUUUUACUGGGCUUGUUGAGUAUGGUCAGUAUGCUGCUUGUUUUGAAUAGCCACCAGGAAAUGCUGUUUGAUAAUGAUCCACCAAUUUCUGUGAUAUGCAGUCUGGUUUUCUUUUGAUCCUGUCUUGAUGAGUGGAUGAAGAAAAGCUUUAAUACAGUGACUAUCUUUAUUUCAGCAAUAAGCAGUCUGUACAAGCAAAAAGCUAAAUGUCAAGGUGGUCUGGGAACAGCUUGCUGUGCUUGUAUCCCUUGUUUUGAAUGCUGAAUUGUAGAGGGAUAUUUGGUGCAAUUAGACAAUGUUAGCAAGCUUGCAGUGAAAUGUUACCAUUUGCAAAGGUGUUUCUGACUUCUUAUAAUAAGAAACAAAAAUGAUGCUAGACUUUCCAAGGGCAUGAUUUAAUUUGCCUUUCUAAAGUAGUGACCUUUUCACAUUAAUUGAUGGGAGAGCCACGUGACAGCUGAUCUGAGAAAUGGUCUGAGUUCCUGGAUUAAAGUAUUUUGCUUAUUUCAUCCAUGCCUGGGGCAGCAACAUGACACAAGGUCAGGGAGAACGCGAGACAAAAGACACAGCAUGCAUCUUUACACCAGGGAUUUCAGUGUCUGGAACAGGUUACACAAAGGUUGGUUGAAGCCAGUGUGCUGGACUAAUUUACCAAACACCUAAAUUCGACAAUGGGAAGUGCAUUAGGGUUUAUGUUCUAGAUGAAUGAGAUCAAAUGGACCAUUGACCAGCUGAAUCAAAUAAUAACAUAUGGGAUAACAUAUGCAGACUACAAGGUAAUAAUAGACUAGACUAACAUUGUAGCGUUCAGAUGACAAUCUGGAUUGUAGCAACGAGCUCGAGUACUUUAUCAACACCACCUGAACUUCAACAUGUCUUGCUGUUCGAACACACUCCGAUCUGCUUUUUCUAAGUUGCACAGUCUUAUUGUUACUCCCAAGUUUCACAGUCUCCCAGAAGCCAGCAUUGAGGUUAAACUGAAUUGGUAAUUGAGUUUUGUUUUGUUGUAUAAUAUAAAAGGAAUCAGUUUUCAACCACAGAAUGAAACCAUGCAGCUGAUUCUCUGAAAGAGUUAUUCAGUUUUACCUAUGCCCUUCCCUGCAAGUUUCCCUAUUCAAGUAUACAACAUCUUUUGGGAAGUACAUUCUACCCGAUAGUAAUUUGUAGUGCAAUAAAAUGUAUUAUCCUCAUUCUGGUUCUUUUAUGUCAUGGAGAUACGUUGUGUAAUUUUAUUCAUUAUAACUGACCUCAAAAGAUCCCAUUUAGUGCAAGAUUUAAAGAGGAGGGAUUUGUCAGUAUAUUUGGUGCUGCUGGAGAGAAGCAUCUUCGUGUGCUGAAAUUCUCUCCCACCCAGCUCCUACAAUUUUUGCUGCACUUUGUUCUGUUUGAGAGACUGGAAUAGGUGGUGGUGGAGAGUUGUAGGCGGUUUGAAAAAAAAUGUCAUUAUUUGAAUAGUCUUAAAUCCUUUUGUGAAUCAUGUGACACUCUUGUGCCUGUACAUGGAGAAGCUAAUCCAUUGCCUGGCAGGCAUUAAAGUGAUCAAUGGACAGUUCUUUCUAUAUACUUUUGAGAAUUUAUUUAAUACCUUUAAAGUUACUCUUAAGCUAAGAGAGUCACACAGCCAGGGUUUACAAAGGAUAAGGUUGUGGAUGUGAUUCCCCAUGCUUACCUUGUUAAAGCAGGCAAACUUAACCCAAGAAGGAUUGACAGAUGAGCUUGUUCCUGGAGUGCAUAAUUUACACAGAGGGAUGCAGCUGGCUUCUAGAGCGUAAUGCUGUGCAAUAAGCUUGCCAACUUUAGUUGGAUGUUUUCUUGGAGGUUUCAGCACAAGGCAGCCCUUGUCCUCAUCUUCUAAUACUUUUUUUUGGAACUUAGUAGCAAAAUAGGGGUGAAAGAAAACGGGGACAGAAACUUUCAUUGCCCAUUAUUUUCUCCCUGCCCCUAAAUGUUGUUCUCAGCUGUGACAAGAGUGUUACUGUUCAGUUUCUGAAGACACCAAGACAAUUCUGCAAAGUUAGAAACUCAAGGCCGCAGUCUGAUUUGGGUUUUACACUUGCAGUCUGAGUUAUUAAACUCCAUAAUCAAGCCUGCAUCAGAUUGUUGUAAUAUCAUAAGAACAGCAUUGUAAAUCCAUGCACUUUAUUGCUGUUUCUAUAAACAUAGUUCUCUACAUAAUUGUGCCAUA